AUGAAGCGUUCAUACGGCGAGGCGUUGAAAAAAGACGAUGAAGUUAGUCAGGAAAUUAGCCAAGCAUCAACGUCAAUUACAUCAUCAGCCAAAUCAUUGAACCACAAUUUAAACCAUUUGUAUAAGACAAUCCCCAACUCAGCCAGAAAUGAACGUGGAAAAAAAUUACGUUUAGAAAAAGCUUAUGCAAAGCGUGAACGACAAAAGAUGCGUUUGAAAAUGCGUAAACAACUUGGUGAAAAAUCAGUACCGAAAGAAAAGCCACGAACGAUUGAAAGUACUCGUGAGCAUGAUGUCACUGUGAUCGAAGAUGACGAUCAGGAAGUUCAACAUGAUGAAGCAAAUGAUGAGAUGAGCGCAUAUUUCAGUGAUGGAGUACCACCGAAAAUUCUGAUAACUACUUCACCGUAUGCUAAAGUGGUUAGGAAUACAUUCAAGUUCUGCUACGAAUUACAAAAAUGCAUUCCGAAUGCUGAUAUAUUUACUCGUAAGGGAAUUCCUUUGAAAAAAGUGGUAAAGCAAGCAAAAUCCAAGGAGUAUACUGAUUUGAUUGUGGUGCACGAAGAUCGGAAGAUGCCGAAUGGUAUUGUUCUCUGUCAUUUACCAGAUGGUCCAACUGCGUUUUUCAAAAUUAAUAAUUUAACUUUUACGAAAAAUCUCAAGAAAAAAGGCGAGUCCACCACCCAUUAUCCAGAAUUGGUAUUAAACAAUUUCAACACUCGACUUGGACAUACGAUUGCGCGAAUGUUUGCAUGUCUCUUUCCACAAAAGCCCAUGUAUUCUGGGCGACGAGUGGUUACUUUUCACAACCAACGAGAUUAUAUAUUUUUUAGACAUCACAGGUAUGAGUUUAAAAGAAAAGGUGAAAAGGCGGCGUUACUUGAACUUGGACCUCGCUUUACUUUACGGUUGAAGUGGCUGCAGAAGGGAACAUUUGAUAGUCGAUAUGGUGAAUAUGAGUGGGUCUUAAAGAGGCAUGAAAUGGAAACUAGUCGAAGGCGGUUCUUUUUAUGA